GAAAAAGAUUGCUGACAUUCCCAGCGGCGAAAUAGCACAGUAUGUGAAUGCUUUUCUGGCUACCUGCAUCGACCCGAGAAAUUUUUUUACGCAAGAUUUAAUCGCCGAACUCCGAAAACGAGUGGAUGCUCAGAAGUACACGAAUCCUUUUCUCUUGCUAGCUUUGUGCAAUGCUGGCGAACAAAUUAACGAAAACGAUGUUCAGAAGUUGUACGACGCAUUUAAAAGUAAUCAUAAGGAGUUUUGGACAGAUAUUCAAGCAUACGCGGUCAUGGCAUUGUCUUGUGCUGCUAACCAGCCGAAAUCAACUUCUGACUUUCAGAAAAUAGAGGAAUUGACGAUGGAACUGAAGCAAAAACAAUUAAGAAAUGGAACAGUUGAUAAUUUGAAAACGACUGCUCUAGUGAUGCAGGCUCUUUACGCUACAGAAGAAGAAGACGGAUCAAAUUUUGACGAGGAAAAAGCAAUGAGACGGAUUUUGGAAAAACAAUUAAAUGAUGGAUCAUUUGGGGAUGUCGUCAAUACUUACUAUGUUCUCCCAGUUCUCAAUUAUAAAAGUUUGAUAAAUAUUAGCUCUGAUAACUGUGAGAAACAAAAAGAUGACGGAGAUAUAGAGGUCAAUGAUUUGAUCGAUCAAGUUGGUCCCACAUUGUACGUCCAAUACUCUGUGUGGAUAGGUGACGAAAAAGACCUUCAAAGGAGCCUGAAAGUGCGAGUACCAGUCAACACGUCCCUAUAUGGUGUCAUGGAAAAAUCCGCACAGUUGGAUUUCAGAUACAG